AUGGCCGCCGCUCUUCUUCCUCUCGGCCGCCUCCUGCAAAGGAAACCACCCCACUUACGCGGCGCAUGGCCGAGAUCGCCGCCUUUCUCCUCGUCUUGCCGGGCAGGGCUUUCGGAUUCCGGCGGCGGCAGCGGCAGCGGCGGCGGCAGGGGCGAUGGUGGAGAGAAGAGGGAGAAGGAUGGGAAGGCGGAGAAGAAGGGCCUGAGACCUCUGGAGGGGUUCUAUGCAGAGGCGGCGAAGAUGGGGAGGGGGUUGAGGGAGAACCUGAGCCCCAAGCAGAAGGGCGACUGGAAGGACGUUCUGCUGAUGAGCCUCUCCUUCGCGGUGUAUGUGUACAUAUCCCAGAAGCUUGUCUGCGCCUACUGCGCUUGGAAAUCCAUGCUCUGA